AUGGCUUGUCAUCUGGAGUCAACAUCGGGUCAUGUAAAUCUACAAGAAAGUCAUUAUCUGAGGUUGUUCCCAACCGAGGAUCUUGUCGGUGUCCAUGGAUAUUCACAAGAGCAAAUAGCCAAGUUCAAGUUUGAGAGAAAAAAGUGGAAAACUGCAGCUUCAGGAAAGCUGAGUCGACACAGAGGAACAAAACACGCUGGCGAGUACUCACCGCCAUCUAUUAUUAUGUGCCCCAUCUGCAGAGAAAAUGUUAAUAAUGCAAGUAAGAAGAGGAACGCCUACUUGCCUGUACUUCAUUACAACACGAAAUAUAAGGAAUCCCGCUGCAGAGUGUCUCGUGCAGCCAGGGAGACUGCACAAGCUUUACACGGCCAGCACAAAAUGACAGUGGAGAUGGAUCCGUGCUGGGUAGAUAAAAUCCAAAGAAAAAUCUAUGUGUCGUCAUUAACCCAACGCAAAGAGAGUAGAUGCGAAAGUAUGGACGGAGGGCGUUGUGUGUGGACGACACAUUCAACCUAG